UCGUAUUUGGAGUCAUUACUGCCUCCUGAUAAUCUGUGCCAUCACAAUGAUAGUACAAAUCGUAUUCAUCGAUGAUUGCCCCACCCAUGACUCUUGCCACCCUUUCGCCCUGAUCAACUGCUACGCUUAUAGCGUCACUGGCUUAAUUUACACUCUUGGCAUGAUUGCUUUGAAUGCGUGGUUCUUUCACGGAAUUAAAAAGAAAAAACCAUCAGUGGUCCUGAGCUGGCUCAUAGUUUAUUCGAUGUGGUUGGUCCUGGCCUUCGUUAUAAUGAUCAUAUUAAUAUGGCUGCACGGGGCUGAAGUCAAUAAUUCUGUUCAGGCCAUCUGUGCCUUAGUGUUUGGACUUCUUGCUAUUGCUAUACUCGUGUACGGCGUAUUGGUGAUCUUUGGAUUUUGGAAGGAGUUGAAAGAGACGAAACAUGGGCAAACAGCGAAUACAUAAAACUACGACAUGGAUAAAUAUGACACUUUUUUGUUUUUCGUUGUUUG